ACUUCAUCUGUUCUAGAAUUGUGUGCAGUUUGGGGAGAGGAGGAAGAGGAGGAGAGGAGGAGGAGGACUGUGGGGUCCCUGGUGCUUUUCUUGCAGAUGUUUCAGGACCCAGGUCGGUACUCUCAUCAGUGCUAGAAGGGUGCAGGAUUUGUGGAGAGGAGGAGGAAGAGGAGGAAGAGCAACGUGGUGUUGGAAGCAACUGCCCAUUAUCCCUCUCGUGGGUGUAUCCCAACUCUGUGGCUUCUGUUUUCUUGACCUCUGCUUUGUUUGAGCGCAUAUUUGGACCCUGUAGUUCUUCAUUGGGUUCUGGACUCACACCUUGGCGUGGCUUCCACCUGUGGACUUUGGACCUGGAUUUUGCAGUUUGUCUAGGUGGAUCUGUGGACUUUGAUCCUGGACUUCUGACCAUCUGCCUAAGCUGAGAGUACCAGACACAACAGAACUUUCCUUUUGGCGAGGAUGGGGACCUGGGGAAUAGCACUGGGGACCUGGAGUAUGUGGGGGAGGGAGACCUGAAGUGGACAACAGGGACCUGCCUAGCUUUCCCCAACCGUCCAGCCAAUGCAACUCUCAGGAUUCCCAACCUCUUGUUCAACCAACUGAUGAAAGAGGAAAGAAUUGAAAUUCUCACUCUGUUACUCCAUCCUGCUUCCUGGAUGUGAAAUUCCCAGUGGGGAGAAUAAAUAGAGCGAGCAGCCCGGGUGUGGGGCAGACGGCUUCAUCAUGUCUUCUGGAGGUCUUCUUCUCCUGCUGGGACUCCUCAGCCUCUGGGCAGAGCUGACCCCCGUCUCCAGCCAGGACCGUCCACAGCUUUGUUAUCUUCCUCCUGUUCGUGGACCAUGUAGAGGCAGAAUUCCUCGUUUCUACUACGACUCGGCUUCAAAUGGAUGUAGAGAAUUUAUUUACGGUGGAUGCCAAGGCAAUGCCAACAAUUUUAAGACCAGGGAUGAAUGUCGAUACACCUGUGUUGAGCUUUGUUAUCUUCCUCCUGUUCGUGGACCAUGUAGAGGCAGAAUUCCUCGUUUCUACUACGACUCGGCUUCAAAUGGAUGUAGAGAAUUUAUUUACGGUGGAUGCCAAGGCAAUGCCAACAAUUUUAAGACCAGGGAUGAAUGUCGAUACACCUGUGUUGAAAAACGUGGGAGGUGUCCCCAAGGCCAUCAACAUCCCCAACAUCCUCAACAUCCUCAACAUCCCCAACAUCCUCAACAUCCUCAACGUCCGCAACAUCCUUGCCAGAAUGACUGGAACUGUCCUGGGAGGCAGAAGUGUUGCCGUUAUGGAUUCCUGGUUGAGUGCAAGAAUCCUGCUUAGGGGAGGUUUGCAUCCCCAACGAGGAGACACCCCUGAAUUGGGUCUGAUUCACCAACUUCACUGAGAGGCUUUUCUUUCAUUCUGGAUUAUUCUGGAGACCCUCCCCCAAAUCCCACCCUGGUUCCAUCCCUUCUGUUCUGCAAUAAAGCUUUGCUUUUUGCUGCC